AGAGUUCUAUUGUCACGACCAGUGUGACUCUAUGGCUCUGCGUCGUUCGUCCGCUCGUCUGAAGCACUUCUUCACGGACGGCGCCAACGACUACGUCACUGGUUGGGAAAACACGCCACCUUUGAAAUUCCCUGCUAGUGUUAUGAAGCCGUGUGACUACUCUAUGACCAAGCCUAUCCCUAAGCACUGGAAACUGCGUGGAUCGGGCAUACAUGGUCCGGAGAAUACGGAUCUGAUGAAGCUCGUAUUGUGGAACCGACUGAAGCAGAAGAGACCACAAAGGGAGGUGCCCAACAUCAACUACUUGAAAGAUUCGAUCAGGCUGGAACUGUCAGUCAACUGGUGGUUGAUGAGUUGUAUCUUCCUAUGGGGGCCAUGGUUGCACUGGGGUCAGGAGUAUCAAAAGGUGCAUGAGCAGCCACCGUGGGCUAUGAAGCGUAUAGAUGGUCUGCGUGGUGAAGGUUAUUUCACUUGGUUCUUGGAGUAAGCAUUGUCGUAUCAGGGAAGUAGGAUCUGUGUCUACGUCCUGUGGACGGGGAAGAAAGUACAUGAUGACGUGGCUCACGUCAUCUCGUGGUCAUCUUUUUGAUAUAAUGAUACAAAGUCGGGCUAGUCUUAAUACG